AUGAUAAACGACGCUACCACACUGCUGAACAGCCCUGAUAUAGACCUGAGCAGGCUCAUCGGAUUCAAAGAACGCCUGACUACGAGCAACGCGGAGCUUGAUAGAAUUAACGAGGAGUUAGAGCCGCUGCUAUCAGCAGAGUUGGAGGACGAGUACGCUGCUGCUGCCGAAUGUCAAGGCCAUGCCGUCAUGCUUAUUGCGCAGCUUGGCUUCAAGAUUGCGGAACUGGAGAACAGUAGACGCCCCAUGGUUCAGGCGACAGCAACGACUACGCCCAAUGCGCAUGACACAGUCUUCAGGAUGAGUGGAUCCAGACUACCAAAACUGGACAUCACUACUUUCAGAGGGGACGUCACCCAGUGGCAGACGUUUUGGGAACAGUAUGAAGGAACAAAUCACUCAAAUCGCACGUUGUCAACGAUGGAUAAAUUUCAUUAUUUGCGCCGCUACUUGACUGGAGACGCAGCAGCUGCAAUAGCAGGGCUACCCACAACGGAAGCGUGCUAUGCUGAUGCCAUUCAACUACUAAAGCAACGUUUUGGUGAUCAAAAGAGGAUAGAGCAAGUACACCUGGCGGCCCUUCGAAAUCUUCCCCGUGUUCGAUCUUCUACAGACACCAUGGGUCUGAGGAACUUGUACGACACUAUGCAGCUGAACAUUCGAGCUCUCAACUCACUAAACGUGCCGACCGGAAGUUUCGCGGCCAUGCUUUGCGAUAUCCUCAUCACAUCGAUGCCUCAUGACAUUGUGGUGCAAUACUACAGACAAGUUUCAUACAAGGCUCCAAACAACGCAGCAGCGGAGGAGGCAGGAGGUUUUUUUGUUGUAUACCUUGAACUAUAA